GCCCCUUUAACAAGUGCCGGGUUUGAUUCCUCUACAUUACAAAGUCUACAAAACACCAGCCUGGUUCGCUCUCCGUUUAUUAGUUUCACGCAUGCUGAAACUAACCUGUGGUGAGGACAGUGGGGUUUUCACGGAUUACAGUUUGCCCUGGAUCUCGUAAAUAAACGCUGAGUGUCAAGAUGGACAUGUCCAAUUUCACACUUUUUGAUCCGCGGUGCAGGGCAGAGGCUCCGUUCUCUAUCGAUGUUAUUAUGCAGCUGGAUAUCUUUGGCAUUGUCCUCUUCUCUGUGCUGACGUUAAUGGCUACAGUGUCCAUGUUGGUUUUCAUCGAAGAAUGCAUCUACAUCUAUAAGAAAGUACCUCCAAAUAAGAAAAGUGUGAUCAUCUGGGUUACUGGAGCAGCACCGGUUAUUGCUACCAUGUCUUGUUUGGGCAUGUGGGUUCCAAGGGCCACAAUGUUCACUGAUAUGACAUCAGCCACAUACUUUGCAAUUGUGGUCUUCAAAUUCCUGAUUCUCAUGAUUGAAGAGGUGGGAGGAGACAAUGCAUUUCUUAAGCGCUCUGAGAACAAGUCAUUUAAGAUCAGCACGGGACCUUGCUGCUGCUGCUGUCCAUGUCUGCCAAACGUCCCCAUCACUAGAAAAUCUUUGUUCAUAUUGAAACUGGGGUCCUACCAGUUUGCGCUGUUAAAAUUGAUCUUAACCAUUCUUUCUAUAGUCCUCUGGACGAAUGGCAGCUACAAUGUUGCUGAUGUUUCAGCUAAUGGAGCAUCCAUAUGGAUAAACUGCUCCAUAGGCGUCUUCACCAUUAUCGCCCUUUGGCCUGUAGCAAUCAUGUUCAUGCAUGUGCGAGAGGCAUUGCGCACCCUUAAAAUGAUCCCUAAAUAUGCCAUGUAUCAGUUGGUGCUGAUUCUCAGCCAGCUGCAAACUGCUGUCAUCAACAUACUGGCAAUGAACGGGACUAUUGCCUGUGCGCCGCCCUACACGUCCCAGUCCCGUGGAUACUUGAUGAGUCAGCAGCUAUUGAUCGUGGAGAUGUUCAUCAUCACGCUAGUGACCCGCAUUUUAUAUAGACGUCAGUAUGACCCCAUACCAGAUCUGGAUGAUGAUAUUGAGGAGACAAAGACUGUCCUCACCUCAGAGAAAGUCGUAGAUAUUGCCUGAGAACAACAGACUGUUGUGUGUGAUUGAGAAUUUGUCAUAUGUUUGAGACUGGAUUGUUGAAAAUUGAACAAUGAUGGUCAUUAACUUUGUUUUUCUAUAUGUAAGUGCAUUCUAGUUUCUAAAAUUUUGCCAGAUCUGUUUUUUUAUUGACGUUUUUGCUAGCCAUUUGGCUAUAGAAUUUCACUGUAGGGUUAACCAAUGUUUUUGAGAGCCCUGAUAUUGGUGUUUACACUUUGUAUUGGGUGCGUCAAUCUGGGGAAUCAGGACUACAAAGCUUUGGUUGAUCUUGUGAGUCAUGGUGCAUGUUCCUGAUGAAAUGAGAGAAAGUCAUUUCUAUGUCUUAAUGGUGGGCUGCAUAAAAGACUUUUGGAGUUGUAUAAAAGUCAGGAUUCAUUAUGUUGCUAAA